AUGGCUUGGACAUGGCGUUGCCAAGUUGCGCUGCUCCUGCUCUUGGGUCUGGCUCGCCUGCCCAGCGGCCAGGGCAAGCUGUUGCCGCCGCAGGGGCAUGCGCAAGCAGUUGACACCGUGGUGGUUGAUCUGGACCUGCCCGCGCGGCUGCGCUGGCAAAAGGUCAUCUUGCCGUAUCGCCAAGCCAUGGCCCCGGUUGUUCAGUUUCUGCACAACCUUCUUCCUCCUAACCAGGCCAAUGCCACCUAUCAAGCCCUCGAGGCCAUUGUUGUGUAUUCAAUAAGCACAGACUCUCUCGAGGGCGAUUACGGCGAGGAAAUUCGCGGACUUGCUGAAGCAACCAACUUUACCGUGGGCGAAAUCAUGCUCAGCAACUUUUUCUAUGAGCUCAACUCUGGCUGCACUUCCAUCUUGGCCACGGAUGAACAAAACACCAUUUUUCAUGGCCGCAACCUGGACUACAACCAGCUGCCGGGCCUACAAGCCACGACUUUCAACGUCAAUUUUACCAAGAGUGGAUGCCUUUUGUUUCGGACAACGACCUAUGCCGGGUACAUUGGCGCCUUGACUGGCAUGAAGCCGGGCGCGUUCACUGUGAGCAUGGAUCAGCGAUUUACCAACAGCAGCACCCUGCUCAACAUUGUGGAAGCGGCUUUGCUGGGCGGCCAUGAGGUGGGCCUGACUCUGCGAACCGCACUGGAACAUAAUGCUACCUUUGAGGAUGCCGUCGAGUAUCUUGGCAGUGUGACUCCCACGCGUUGGUACCUGGUUGAGACCAACUACGACCACUGGGAUUCCGUUCCGGCCGACGACGACCGCCGACACCCGGCCGAGAACAUGCUGAAUGCCUUUUCAAUGACCAACAUGACCCUGUCGGCUCUGGAUGGCAUCAUGAACACCUUUCCCGUCCUUCACCGCGACACGACGUACACAACGAUGAUGAGACGCAGGCGCCAUUGGUAUGUGCUGCCCGAUCGACCAGUUGAGGGUUUUUCGUGCCUUGUAACAGGAUCCGGCAUGCCAGGCAUCUUGUUUCCCAACAUUCAGACGCCGGAGGCAGCUGUCGAGGCGAUCCGCAACUGCUACUACCCGAGCGCCACCCUGCCCUUUGGCACUCGCGGCUUUGGUUUUGGCGGUGCCAACGCUGAUGGCUCUUUUUUCGCCGAGUACGCGGCGGCAGCCAAUGAGCGCAUCGUCGUCGGCGUGCAACUUGAGCAUCGAACGGCGUUUGAGCAGGCGCGCCUCGAGGCGAUCCUGAGCACGCCCGGGCUUAUUUUUACACAGGAUGGUCCCUAUGACCACAGUGGUUCAUAUCUCCUGCCCGGUCGCACGGACCAUCCCAACGUUCAAGCUGACCUUGCCCGAUAUCGUCAGGCGUGCCAAGCUGCCGGGGUGGUGGCUGGCUAUCGUUUCAUCGCCCUGGGCACCGACAUGAUCCACCUAAUGGACGGCUGCCGGGCAGCCCUUGCCAACGCAAACCACCACACUUGA